CGGGGGAAGGGAAGGAGGGAAGGAGGCAAGCCCGAGGGAGGAAGGGUGGGAGGCGGAGAGCGGAGCCGGGAAGGGGCGAGGGCAGCCCGGAGCAGGGCGCGCGGCGGCGGCCGCCGGCGGCGCAGGCUCAGGCGUGCCCGUAGCCCGCGAGCCCCGGCGGGGAAUGACGAGGCCGGCGCCCAGCUGCUGGCCAGCCGCUGCCGUCCGGGGCUGCUCCGACCUUCCCGGCGCGGGGAGCCCCCUGCAGAGGGGCUGACUGAUCGCGGCCGCUCCCGCCCCGGCUGCAGGCGCAGGCCCCGGGGAGGGGCAGCCGGAGCGGGAGCAGCCGCGCCUGACGAGGAGGAGGAGGCCGAGCCCGGGGCGCCGCGGGGAGGAUGCGCGGCGCCGGGCUCUGAAGGAUGGAGGGGGUUCUGUAUAAGUGGACCAAUUAUCUCACAGGUUGGCAACCUCGCUGGUUUGUUUUAGAUAAUGGGAUAUUAUCCUAUUAUGAUUCACAGGAUGAUGUGUGCAAAGGGAGCAAAGGAAGUAUAAAGAUGGCAGUUUGCGAAAUUAAAGUCCACCCGGCAGACAAUACAAGAAUGGAAUUAAUCAUUCCAGGGGAGCAGCAUUUCUACAUGAAAGCUGUGAAUGCCGCCGAGAGGCAGAGGUGGCUAGUCGCUCUGGGCAGUGCGAAAGCUUGUUUGACUGACACUAGAGCAAAAAAGGAAAAAGAAAUAAGUGAAACCAAUGAAUCUUUGAAAACCAAAAUGUCUGAACUUCGCCUCUACUGUGACCUCUUAAUGCAGCAAGUUCAUACUAUACAAGAAUUCGUCCAUCAUGAUGACAGUCAUUCAUCUCCCAGUGUAGAGAAUAUGAAUGAAGCAUCAUCUUUGCUUAGUGCCACUUGUAACACAUUCAUCACUACACUCGAAGAAUGUGUGAAGAUAGCAAAUGCCAAGUUUAAACCAGAGAUGUUUCAAUUGCCUCAUCCAGAUCCUUUAGUUUCUCCUGUAUCACCUUCACCUGUUCAAAUGAUGAAACGUUCCAUCAGCCACCCUGGUUCUUACAGCUCAGAGAGGAGUAGUCACACUGUAAAAGAACCAGGGCCUUCACUUCAUCGAAUUUCCCAACGGCGCAGAAGAACCUACUCAGAUACAGACUACAAUGAUAUGCCCCCUGAAGACCCAGAUAGACCUGUUCACUGUUCAAGAAAUAUGCUCAAUGGAGAUUUGGCAUCAGCAACCAUUCCUGAAGAAAUCAGAACCGUGACCAAAAAAAGAUCUGAAUUGGAAGAUGUUCCUCCAUCCUUCUCUUCCUGAGGAAAUUGAAGUGUCCAACUUUCUCUAAGUAUUGCUAUGCAAAAGCUGCUGUAAUUAUAUUGUUGUUAUAGGGAGUAGUUUUUUCCCUUUAUUUAGAAGGAUUUCUCUGCACUUUAUAGAAUAAUGUUAAAAAAAAUAUCCCAACAACUACAAAAAAAAAAAAAAAACCCCAACAACAAACCUUUGAAGUGUAUUUUAUCUUUAUAUAGUUUAUUUGCAAGAGUAUUUUCCUAAUAACUUCACAAUAUGAAUGUGCAUCUCUUUCUUUGAACAAAUGAUGGUUUAACAUUUAGGCAUUUAUGAGGAUAAAUGUAGAUAUUUUUUUAAAAAGUGUGAAGCACUGACGACAUUGUCAGUUUGUAUUGUCGCUUAUAAAUACAUGGAGCCUUUUGCACCAGGUCCGUUCUGACAGAUGUGUGAAAUAUAUGAUUGUGCCAUGGACCAACUGGUCACUUAUCCCCGUUAAAAAUGCAUUACUGCACUGGUGGACAGUGAUCACAUUGUCUUCCUUCAAGAAAAAAAGGAACAACUAAUUAUAUCUUAACAUAUAUUUAGCCCAAGUGACAUGACAUAUCAAGUAUUUUUUUAUAAAACCAGACUGUGUUGUCCUUCAAAUGUAGGGAUGGCACUGCUGAAUUGUUGAUACCAAACUUGUUAAUAUGAAGUAUUUAAUUUUCACUUAUUUAUUACUUUCUGCUGCAUCAAAAAGAGAGGAUAGCAUUCUGAUUUGUGACCAACCAAUUUUUAAGAUGUGCACUUGUUGUUAUUUGCCUUGUACCAGAAAAAGAGGUUAAUGUUGCAGUGAAUUUGCUCAUUUUAAAACAAAAAUAAAAUUCUUUUUUUUUUUUUUUUUUUGGUGGAAUAAGAGUUUAUGUGCUUGUUUCUAAAAUAGCUCAUUGAGCUGCUGUUGUAAGGUGUUCAACUCUAAAAACUAUUUAGUGAAGUUUCUUAUUUGUGAAAUUUUUUUUAUAGAAAAAGAACUUCUUUAAUGUUAUUACUCUGGAAUGGCAUCAUUGAAUCAGUAAACAAAUACUGUUUUUUGCAGUGCCUGCUCAUAA